CUUUUUGCAAAGCCCCGCAUAUCAAAUGCUUUAACUAUCCUUUCGACGUAGCCUAUUGACCUUACAAGCAAGUCGAAAGAAGCUUCAUCUGUGCCUGAUGGUACUGCUUCUCCUUUGCCGCCACCCAACCGAGACUUAUUGAUGCCGAAUAGCAAAACGCAAUCUCCGCGUGCAUCACCCAAACACACUAACAACUCUUCAUCAUCAAGAGCUCCUAGCCCUCGACGAAGUGGAUCACACUCCAGACCACAGAGCCCAGGGCGCAGCAAUGGCAAACAUAACCGCGAGCCAGAGAUCGAGUUACCCCCUAAGCGCGUGCGUAAUGAAGAAGCUACGGCUGCUGACAAGGAGAAAGAGAGGGAAAAAGAUCGCGGAAGAAAUAGGGAUCGCGACCGUGAACGCGAACGUGAGCGAGAUCGUGAGAGAGACAAAGACAAAGACAAGGAGAGAGAACGGGAAAGAGACAAAGAUCGCGAUCGGGAUAGUAACAAGAGAACAACCGAAAAUGACAGCAGCUCACAAGUGCCAAACAAGCGAUCCAAAGAUGCAGUGGAGGCAGAUGCCAGUAAUAAGCGGAUCCGAACUACACCAAGUCGAUCAGACCAAGGCGGUUAUCGUACACCCGACGCUGCUCGAUCUGGUACAGAAAGUGUAAACAACGAUCGCAAAGGUGCACGCACUCAAUCAGAUGUGUCCAAUUCUGGCUCUCGACCCCCUAGAUCAAGGUAAGCAAUUAUGCAAUUUCACAUAACUGGGCGAUACUCCAAUUUGACAUUGACUUUGUGUGAAUAUUAGCCGCGACCGUGAACGAGAGAGGGAACAUCCAAGACCAGAUCGUGAUCCUCACCCUGCUCCAGUGCGAGAAGAAAAAGAUAAUUCACGCGACAGACCGAACUCUCAGCGUGAUAGAGAAAAGGAUCGUGCCCAACGUGAUCGUCCUCCACCCAGAGAGCGUGAAAGAGAAAGAACAACACCUAACGUUAGAGAUCGCGACCGACGAAGACACGACGAACGUGAUCAUCGGCGACGUCGCUAACUCACUAUCAUGUGGAUCAAAACACCAAACGUCAAUUCAUUUUGUUAAAUCAUAGAGAGCAUUUGUAUUUAAUCAAUCACAGUAACCUCUUGCUUCUUUUCCCCCUUUUUUAAAAAAAGACUCAU